AUGCCACCUCCAAUGAAGAGACAGAAGCAAGCAAAGCAGCAAUACCCAAACUAUCAGCUGGACAGCCAAGAUGCCAACUCAGAUGAUGUAGACUCUUCCACUGUUGGGGUCAUGUCAUUCAACCUCCUUGAUUGUAACACAGAAGAUGAGUUGGAGCAAUGCUCUGAUAAGUCAGACAGUGUUGACCUUGUUCAUGUGGGUGGGAAAAGGAAGGGUGGCAAUGAUGAGGGGAUUCUUGAAGAGUUUGAAGCUGAAGAUGCCCCAGAUUAUGCAGAUGAAUGUGCCCACAAGGCAGUAGUAUCUGCACCUCAGUUCUGGGCUGAUAUCAUGAAUUCUACAAAAGCUGCAUCUACCAAACCAUGCUCCAUAGAUCCUGUGUUGGCUGCACAGCCAGUGCCCCCCACAGGCAAUAUACACACUGCUGAGGAACCUGCAGCUGCCUUUUUGGACAUGACAGAAGACAACAGUGAUGCAAUCAAGUCCAUCUCUGUUCUUGAAAGCACCAAACAGCUUAUUAUUGAUGCAAAGAAAUACAACUCAUUUACCUUGUUGUUCUAUCUGACUUCUCUUAAACAGUUCAUGGAACUCUGGGAAAAAUAUGUUGCAUGCUAUCAUGCUCUGCCUCCCACCAACAUUGGCAAGCAUCAUGCACAUCCAUCACUUUUGAACAAUGAACACAUUGCACAAGCAGUGCAUCAAUAUCUGACAGUACUCAGUGAUGGUGAAAUCAUACUGCUCCUGCUCAUGAAGCAGGUCAAUGACCAUAUCCUCUGA